GUAGCUCCGCCCACUUUUGAGUGUGUGGAUUCAUUUUGAUUGGUCAGCUACAUGUUUUCCGUUUUAAACUUGUGCUUUAACCGGAAGCCGUAGAAAAUCGUCAGUAUAGCUAGAAUAGUCAAAACACUCUCCACUGUGUUGUACCGUCACACUUUGCAAAGCGGUAGCGGUAGUUGACUGAAGCUGCUGUAUUAAACCAUGAAAGGAAUGGCUAAAAGCAAGAUGGUGACGUCGGGGAGGCUGACAGGAGGUGUCAAAGGGCAGCUGGCCAGGAGACGAGUGACUCCAAAACCAGGACCAGCAGCCGGCCCUGAGCCAGCCUACUCUCUGUACUCCACAGACUCUGAAGACCAGGUUACUUAUCUCCAUAAUGGUCUAGACCGGUGUGCUGCCUUGCUCGGUGGCAUCCUUCAGGCGGAGAAGGCAGGCCUUCCCAAAGCCGUGAAGGGUGGAGCAGCUAAAUCAAGACCAUCUACCUCACGACUAAAGAAAACCAUAAACAACAGAGACCAGAAGACUCGUCAGUCUGCUGUCCCAGCUGCACACUCCCAAGUGAAGCUCCAUCCACCUCAGAGACACCCCCCCACCCCGCUGCAGUCUCACUCCCCUUCCUCACCGAGCCAAACACUGCAGCCUCUCCCUGCCACCAACCCUCCACCCAACCCCAAGACCUCCAUCUCUCCACCCCAGCCCUCAAUCCCUCCACCUCAGCCCAACCCUCACUCAGGCCAGCUGCCCCACCCUCAGACCGACUGCCAGGCUGCUUCUGGAGCUCCACACUCCGAGUGGGAUAGAGAAGAGGAGUUUGUUCCUGUGAGAGACAUCGAUACCCAAAGCACUGCCGCAGACACACACAUAAACACUUGUACCUCGGAGAUGUCAACCAUGCAGCUAGAGCUUGGUAAAGUUAAUAAAGUCUCUCAGGACCCACACAGCGGCGAGGGCUGCAGUGCAGAGAAAGAAGCGAAAAUGAAGACAGUUCAGUAUCUGCUUGCUGAACUCAAGGCUCUGAUCUCUGGACAAGGCAGUGUAGCAGAGAGGCUGCUCAGUCAUCUGGAGCAGACGGUGUCUUCACCCCUGAUGAAUGCUGAUGGAUCCGACGUCCCGACUGCACCGGACCUGUCGUCGCUACACAGUCAGAACGCUCAGCUCCGAAGACGUGUGAGGAUUCUUAACCUGCAGUUAAAGGAGAAGGAGAAAGCUGAGAGGCGACAGACUACGGAUACACUCUGUAACUCAGAAGUGUGGACUUUGCAGGAGGAGCUCACCACCGCUCAGGGCCGACUGCAGGACCUCCAGGAUGACCUCACAGAACUACAGAAGGCCCUUCAGGACGCACAGAGACAGCUGAGAGACAGAGAAGCAGAUAACGCAUGCAUCAAAACAGACUUGGAGGCCACUAGAAGCAGGUUGCUGGACAGUGAGCGAGAGAAGACGGAGUUGGCUUCACUUGCCCAGCAAAGACUGGACGAGAUAGGAAACCUUAAAAGGAGUCUUCAGCAUCAGGAUUCAUUAAAUUGUCCUAUAGCUGUUGACAGCUCGGUCGUAGACACUCUGCCAACUAAGCAACAUUUUAACCAACACCAGCACAGACAGGAUCCAGUGGAGCCCCCCACUGACCGCAUCACCCAGUUCCUGAUGUCUCUGGGUCAGCUGGCGCCAACACACACGGAGCAUGUGUCUGCGGCUGCAGAGAGGGACGGAAACGCACUAGAGCAGAAGAAACUGAACUCAGACCAGCCGAGAGACAAGUUAUCGCAUCCGGAUGUCAGACCUCAGCUAGGUGACCAACCCGAAGACUCGGCCCAUCACCAAAACUCUCCUCUCGACCAAUCACAAGGCCAGUCACGCGGGUGGCGGCUGGAGAAGACGCACAGACGGGCGUUUAACGCCACGCUGUCCCAGUGGGACGUGGAAUCUGUGUGGUCUGAUUGGAGCACGAGGUCAGGGUCGACCUUCGACACCAGAGACGAGGCGGCGUUCAGGGACGGCCUGGCAGCUCUGGACGCCAGCAUAGCCAGUCUGCAGAAGACCAUUCAACUGGAUCUGGGGAAGUGA